AUGAAUUCCAGCCCCAAGGCUGAAGGCCGCGUUCCUCAUUUAGAUUUCUCUGAGAUUCAGACCGACGAUUUAUAUCACAGAGACAUUCGAGAUGAUAAAGGCGUUUUUUUGGACCCCGAUUUAGACAAAACGAAGGGAUUGAAAGUCACAGCAGACCAACAUGUCGUCCUGGUUCUCCAACCGUCAGAUGAUCCGCGGGAUCCGUUGAGAUGGAGUUUUGGCAAGAAACAUACCGUCCUUGCAGUCGUGAUUGUGUGUUCUUUUCUACCAGAUUAUGGUAGUGUCACUGGUGCUGCAACCCUGAUUUUGCAAGCGAAGUAA